AUGUCAAAUGAGAGCUACAAGCCAAAUAUAAGUGUUACCCCAUCUAGUCCUUACCAGAUCAGAGAAGGUGAUACAGCGGUGAUAUAUUGUGUAGUGACAGACGCUAACCCCAACACUGGGAUCACAUGGAGCUGGACAAAGACAGGAGACCCUGCUGUCCUAUACAGGCGUCAGAAUUACACAAUACCUAACAUACAGAGAUCACAGAGAGGAACCUACCAGUACAAACCAACUAUGCGUGUUACCCCAGCUGGUCCUUACCAGAUCAGAGAAGGUGAUACAACGGUGAUAUAUUGUAUAGUGACAGACGCUAACCCCAACACUGGGAUCACAUGGAGCUGGACAAAGACAGGGAACCCUGCUGUCCUAUACACGGGUCAGAACUACACAAUUCCUAACAUACAGAGAGCACAGAGAGGAACAUACCAGUGUACAGCUACAAACUCUAUAGGGGUUUCUCUACCAGCCACGGUACUGGUGGAUAUACAAUACAAACCAACUAUGCGUGUUACCCCAGCUGGUCCUUACCAGAUCAGAGAAGGUGAUACAACGGUGAUAUAUUGUAUAGUGACAGACGCUAACCCCAACACUGGGAUCACAUGGAACUGGACAAAGACAGGGAACCCUGCUGUCCUAUACACGGGUCAGAUCUACACAAUUCCUAACAUACAGAGAGCACAGAGAGGAACCUACCAGUGUACAGCUACAAACUCUAUAGGGGUUUCUCUACCAGCCACGGUACUGGUGGAUGUACAAUGUAAACCCCGACUAUAUAACAUCGAUUCCCAAUCUCCUGACAAAGUAGUCAUAGAACAUUUUGAUUCUCUCCAAAUACUGGUGAGAAUUUUAUUAUACCCACCAGCGACUUCGACGCAAUGGAUUUUCACAGGAAGAAAUUAUACAAGUAAAGUCAUUCCCAAUAAUACAGAUGGUUACAGAAUAACAAACACUAAAGGGGAAAUUGAACAAAACAUCACCCUCAACAAAAGUAGAAUCAAUGAGAAAGAUUUUGGAGAGUACAUCAUAAUGGUUCAGAAUGAUAUUGGUACCUUCCUUAGGAUCUAUCGCGUGGAUACAGCAAAAUUUCCAGGAAUACAGGAGAGUGUAGGGAAUCAGACCGGAGUAGCUGUUGGGAGUGCUGUAGGGAUCGUAGCGUUUAUCACCAUUAUCCUGGUCCUGGUGAUCUGUCUCCGAAGGCUUUAUACAUUUACCUGUAUAAUAAAGUUAGAGAGAAAGAACAUAGACAAGGGUGUAAAAAGAACUGAUUUAACGAAAGACGAAUCCAGUAUCCCUAUGGCAGAACACACUGUACAUCUACACGGAGAAAGGGGUGUGUAUGAAGAAUUAACAGAGACAGAUAAUGGAAAUCAGUAUGAGGGUCUCUCCAAUAAAGAUCCACAAGAAACCAAGAGGUAA